AUGGCUGAUUUGAGGGCCCUUAGUAAGCGUGAGCGGCGCGUUCUGAAUACGUUGGCUGGACUGGAGAAUUUCGCGACGAAAUAUAUUCCUGCUAGAGACGAGUGCCAAGUCAGCGUACGACUGGAAACGCUAGCGUCAGUUAGCAAGGAGUUCUACGAGGUUCGGGAACGAAUUGAACUGUUGAUGGAUGAUGUUGAUGAUGCUGAUGCGGACGAGGAGAAGGAAAAUCUGCUAGCUUUGAGUAGUUUCGAGGAGCGAUAUUACUCCGUAAAGGCCAGUUUGUUGUCGAAGCAGACCCCACCAUCAUCUACAUCGAUGUCUGUCGGAAAUGGUCAACUUGGUGACCGAUCCGAAGCAUCAUUCUCGAAGGUGAAACUUCCAGAAAUUCGCCUUCCUUCGUUCGGUGGGAGGAUUAAGGAGUGGGUUACGUUCCGGGAUAGCUUCCGCAGCCUGAUCCACGAAAACAAGCACCUAACUGAUAUGGACAGGUUCAGCUAUCUGAAGUCAGCCCUGUCAGGAGAGGCCCUGCAAGAGAUCGAGUCGGUGGAGCUUUCGGCAGUGAAUUACAGCGUAGCAUGGAAGGCGCUUGAGUCCCGCUACGAGAACAAGAAGCUGAUUGUAAAGGCACAUCUGGAUUCCCUUUUUGCCGUGGAAGGCUUGAAGCGAGAAAGCUACGACGGACUGAGCAAUCUCAUCAGCGCUUUCGAGAAGAACCUGCAAAUGCUAAAGAAGAUCGGCGAAGAAACUGCUGCAUGGAGUACGAUUCUCGCAUACAUGGUGUAUUCCCGGCUGGAUCAUGCCACUCUACGGCAGUGGGAAACACACCACAAUUCAAAGGGUGUACCGACGUAUGAAAACCUGAUCAGUUUCCUUCGAAGUCAUUGUGCAGUGCUGCAAUCCGUCGCUCCAACGAAACCGGCGAGCCAGUCUGAUCAACGAUCGUCGAAGUCAUCCGUGUGUCACACUACCGUGAGAUCUUCAAGCAAGUGCCCAUUCUGCAGUGGAUCGUGGCAUUCUGCAUUCGUCUGCAGCAAAUUCCAACGUCUUCAAGUUCCCGAGCGCAGUGAAGCUGCGUUCAAAGCAAGGUUGUGCCUGAAUUGUUUGAGUCCUGGCCACAUCGCACGAAACUGCGAGAAGGGUGUCUGUCGUCACUGCCAACAGAAGCACCACUCCCUGCUGCAUGGUGCAUCAGCUAGAUCCUCCGUUCCACAGUCGCAGUCAAAUUCUCCGACACAAACCAGACGGCAGCCACAAUCCAAGCCAACAAACUCGAACCAACAUACACACAACGCUAGUACCAAUACAUCCACCACAUUGCAAGGACAAAGCACUCAAUCAACAGCCACUCCACCACUAGCCACAGAUACAGCCACACCCUCCACAAGUCAAACACACAUCGCACUCCCAAUCACACCUACACAGAACAUCAUGUUAUCAACCGCUCUAGUCAAAGUUAAGGACCGUCACGGCAAUUCCAUGCUGGCACGAGCGCUGCUGGACUCGUGUUCGCAGCAUUGCCUGAUGACGAAAGAGUUCUCAAGCAAACUUCAGUUUCACGAAUCGCCAUCAUAUCUGUCUGUCCAAGGGAUCGGCUCAUCUACGAGCACUUCAACAAAACUCGUCAGUGCUGUAGUAAGGCCGAGGUUAGAUCGCAUUUCAUCGUUCGUGCAAGAGAUGCAGUUCCACGUUCUCCCACGGUUGACUGUGUCGCUACCGACUGCAACCUGCGAUAUCAGCGGCUGGACGCUUCCGGAAUCGUCAUCUUUAGCUGAUCCACGCUUCUAUGAACCUGGUCCUGUUGACGUCAUUAUCGGGGCGGAAUACUACAUGGACCUCCUGAGGAGCGAACAGCAAAAGGCGACUGAAGACGGACCCACACUGCAGAAUACAAAUUUUGGCUGGAUAGUUUCCGGAAAGGUUCCCGAGCAUUCACCUAGUGGAUGUCAAUCUCUGACUCUCGUGUGUUCUACCACCGAGCUCCAAGAUCAACUCGCAAAGUUCUGGGACCUAGAGACAUGCCGAAACCUUAGUACGCAUUCUUUAGAGGAGUCAGCGUGUGAAGAACAUUUCGCCCGGACAACGAUCAGAGACGAGACCGGCAGAUUUAUUGUGACGAUGCCGAAGAAGGAAGCCGUAAUUAAUCGGUUAGGUCAUUCGGAGACCACAGCGAUAAAACGGUUGAUGGGCAUGGAACGCCGUUUCGCUGCAAAUCCAGCGCUGAAGACGAUGUACGACGAAUUCAUUCGCGAAUAUCUUGCACUUGGACACAUGAAGGACGUCACCGAGGAGGUCGGAGAGGUAGGAGUAAAAAGGUACUAUCUACCACAUCACGCUGUUCUUAAGCCAGACAGCACGACUACGAAGCUGCGCGUAGUUUUCGACGCUUCCUGUCAAACGUCUACCGGAGUUUCGCUGAAUGACGCCCUCAUGGUUGGUCCAGUAGUACAAGAUGACCUGCCUAGUAUCUCGCUACGUUUCCGCAUGUACCGUAUCGCAGUCAACGCUGAUGUUGCCAAGAUGUAUCGCAUGGUUAAAGUUCAACGUCGUGAUCAUCCGUUGCUGAGCAUCAAGUGGAGAUUUGCCCCUUCCGAUCCAUACCGCACGUACGAAUUGACCACUGUCACGUACGGUACUUCAUCCGCACCAUAUCUUGCUACCAAAUGCCUGCAGCGUUUAGCAGAUGACGGAGCGUUAACGCAUCCUGUAGCGUCCAAGGUGGUCAAGAAGGACUUCUACGUUGACGACAUGCUCUCAGGGGUAGACACCGUAGAAGAAGGUAAACAGUUGGUUCAAGAAGUCAUCGAGCUGUUGGAUUCAGCGGGUUUCACACUUCGAAAAUGGAACUCAAACAACAAGGAGCUUCUCGAAUGCGUUCCGGAAAGCUUGAGGGAUGAACGCUCAAUCCUGGAUCUCGAUUCGUCUGAAACUUCCAUCAAGACAUUGGGUUUAGUGUGGGAACCUAGUUCAGACGUUUUCCGUUUCACGUUCCCAUCGUUCAACUGGUCAGCAACGAUGACAAAACGCUUGGUCGUCUCUGAUGUUUCGCGGUUGUUUGACCCGCUUGGUCUGGUUGGCCCAGUUAUCAUCCAGGCAAAGAUCUUCAUCCAGGAACUGUGGAAGCAAAACUGCGGCUGGGAUGAACCACUUAACCAAGAACUUCAAGCGCAGUGGAAGGAAUAUCGGCGGAAUCUAGCAGCGCUAGAAAACCUUACCGUUCCCCGAUGGGUAGGAACCGGAAGUCACAUCGUCACCACGGAGCUUCACGGUUUCUGCGACGCGUCGAAUAAGGCAUACGGCGCCUGUUUCUACGUACGAACAAUCUCCGAAACGGGGGAGGUGUGUGUGAGGUUGUUAACAGCGAAGUCACGCGUUGCACCGCUUGACAACUUGAAGAAAGGAAACAAGCGGCUCUCCACUCCACGCCUAGAACUGUCGUCAGCCUUGUUGUUGGCACACCUUUACGAGAAGGUCACAAGCAGUCUCGGCAUCAAAGCGAAAGGCUUUUUCUGGACGGACUCCACGAUUGUCAAGUGUUGGAUUUCUUCGUCACCGUCAAGAUGGAAGCAGUUUGUAGCAAAUAGGGUUUCGGAGAUUCAGCACAUCACGAAACAAGGCGUUUGGAACCACCGUUUCUCUUCCCGGCGAGGCAAGCCGGAGAUCAUAAUGUGCGACAACGGAAGAAACUUCGUAGGUGCGAGACGACAGUUGGACGAAUUACGUCGCCUGUUCAACAACCAGCAGUUCCAGGCAUCCGUCAUCAGAAGUUCGGCUGAAGACCAGAUUCAGUUCCGGUUUAUUCCAGCGCGUUCGCCAAACUUCGGUGGACUGUGGGAAUCGGCAGUCAAAUCGUUCAAGCUGCUUCUCAAACGAACGAUUGGCGUGCACACUCUCCUGUACGACGAGAUGCAGACGAUCCUGACUCAAGUGGAAGCAGUAUUGAACUCGCGACCACUCACGCCGCUCAGCAACGACCCGGACGACUACGAAGCGUUGACUCCCGGUCAUUUCCUGAUUCAGCGGCCUCUUAUGGCAAUACCGGAACCCGAUCUGGAUGGGAUUCCUGAAAAUCGUCUGUCAGCCUGGCAGAAAGCGCAGCGGUUCACGCAGCAAUUGUGGAAGAAAUGGUCGCAUCUGUAUUUGUCAGACCUCCACAAUCGGACCAAGUGGACAGUGAGAAGAAACAACGUGGUAAUUGGAACCAUGGUGGUCCUGAAGGAGGAGAAUCAGCCGCCACUGAAGUGGCUACUGGGGCGUGUGACAGAGGUCCACGCAGGUCGUGAUGGGAAUCGACUCUGCAGCCACACCACCAUCGAAGAACAUCGAAACGUCGACCUCUCCGACGACAAUCGGUCGUCCAGGUCCACUGAGUUCACCACAGUCCACGUCCGACAUCGACAUCAGAGCCAGUCCAAAACAUGCAGCAUCAAAAAUCGAAGCAAGAACCUGGAAAGAAAUCAGCAAUCAGUCGAAUCGAUGGAAACCGUUCCGAAUGUAAUCAGUCAGAAAUCGUUGAAACCGGACAGAAUGGAAGUACCAGCCUACGGACAACUCCUGCUCCUGUACUGUCAUCACAUCAAGCAGUUUGCCAGGUAUGUUGUUCCGGUUUACUACUUUCUACUCCUGGAUACUCCAUUUUCGUUUCCACCAUUCCGAGGUACACUAUACCUACCUGCAACGACCGAUAACUUCAUAACGGCGGAAAUCCAGCGGAUUCUUCAGAACAGCAUCACAGUUUCAUCAAAACAACAACAGCAGCAAGCGAAAACAUCACCAGUUCAACAGCACCAAAGGAACAACAGCUACAGAAAUGCAGCAGUACGAUCGCAUACGAGAACAGCUGAUCCAAAUGUAGGCCAAGGUCAUCGCCAAUCGAAAGCAGAAGCAAAUUUGGGUCAGCCAACACAAUCGAAGUAUAUAGCACAGUAG